AUGAAAGAGAGGCUUGAGCGAUUAAAGCAACUCAGAUUAAGAAAGGAUGACGCAGAACAAGCAAAUAGGAAAGAUCUUUACGAAGAGCAUCAACGUAAAAAAACUAAUCCCAAAGAACUUAUUCACAUACAAAGAUUAAGAGAAGAAGCAGAAAAAUUACAAGAAAGACAGGAAGCAAUAGAAAAUGGAGAAGAUUAUGAACGAAAGAAGUUUUGGGAGUACUCAGCAGAAGCUGUAGAAAAAUGGGAAAAGAAACAACAAAAGAAAUUGAAAAGGUCUAAUAUUGCUUUUACGGAUUAUAAUCAAGUUGCACAAAAAAAAUAUAAACGUAUGAUUAAUGAAUUUACACCAGAUAUUACAGGCUAUAAUGAAAAAAAGGCAUUGGCAAUGGCAUCAGCAAGUCAAAUUACAACAGCAGAUGGAGAAGUUGUUGUUGUUGAUGCUGAUUCAAGUUUUUUCAGAGACGCCAAUUCAUUACAAUAUGCAUCUUUAGAUACUAGUCCUAGUCGAGAAGCUGUCGAUAAAGUUGUUAAUGAUGUUAAAAAACAAAUUGAAAAACGAGAUAAAUUUUCACGGCAAAAACCAAUCAACGAAGAAGAAGAUAUUACAUAUAUUAAUGAACGUAAUAGAAGAUUUAAUGAAAAGAUUGCCAGGUUCUAUGAUAAAUAUACUCAAGAAAUCAGAGAGAACUUUGAACGUGGUACUGCGUCUUCUCCAUACGAUCCAUACAUACCUAAGGAGGGUGCUGCUGGUGGUCCACCUUCAAAAACUUUAGAAAUUCAAAAAAAAAUAGACGAGACUGUAGAAGUUAUGCGUGAUAACCUUAAAUCUGUUGCUGAAAGAGGAGUGAAAUUAGAUACUUUACAAGAUAAAACUGGUAAAGAAUUUAUGUUAGAGAGUAAAGAAAUACUUUAA